AUGAGAGCGUCUCUCCAGUCCCUCUAUUUGCCCCUGUUAUGUUUGACUGCUGUCCUCUCCAGUGAUGCUGCUGUUCAGAGCUGCAUGGACAAGCAUCAAGUGGUUGGUGUGCUACGGCAGAUGGAGAAGUUCCUAAAAGGCCAGGAGGUCCGGUUUACUGAAGGUCUCCGCAUCAUGAAGUCCAAACUGGCCACUCUUCAAAACUCUGUCUCCAAAAUGCCACAAGCCGACCAGUCUGCAGCUCCCACCGCCUGCCCCUCCCUGGAAGCCCCCGCACACGGAACCAAGUUUGGAUCAAAGUAUUUGGUUGGACAUGAGAUACAUUUCACUUGUACCCUGGGCUUUCAGCUGGUUGGUGCGACCACACGAGUCUGUCAGGAGAAUGGGAGCUGGAGUGGCAUUGCUACAGCCUGUAAAGAUAUGAGUGUGUGUGUCAGUAACCCGUGUCAGAACGGAGGCACCUGCGUGGCGUUGGUGAACCAGUACAAAUGCACCUGUCCUCAGAAGUGGAGCGGCUCUCACUGCCAGCACCCGACACAGACAGCCCCUCCUGAGUGGAGUGUUGUGAAUGACCCAGCGUUCAGCCGGAAACCCCGCUGUGCUCAGGUGAACCGGGCCCAACACUGCAGCUGUGACGCAGGUUUUCACAUGAGCGGAACCUCUGACAACAGCAUCUGUCAGGAUGUAAACGAGUGUGAAGUGUAUCGACUGGACCAGGGAGGAAAGUUAUGUGUCCAUGAAUGUGUGAACGUCCCGGGCUCCUACCACUGCUCCUGCCCCAGCGGCUACAAGCUGCUCUCGGAUGGGCGUAGCUGUGAGGAUGUGGACGAGUGCCUGAGCCAGAGGCACAACUGCACCAACGGGACAACGUGUAUAAACACAGGAGGAGGCUUUCAGUGCGUCAGUCCCGAGUGUCCCCGCUCACAGGGACACAUCCAUUACGUCAAGACAUCACCUUUUCAGUGUGAGAGGAACCCCUGCCCCAUGGACAGUCGCUCCUGUCAGCUCGCUCCUAAAACGGUGUCUUUCCACUACCUGUCGCUGUCGUCCCGCCUGCAGACGCCUGCCACUCUGUUCCGGAUGGCCACAGCCACUGCCCCGGGGCGCACGGGGCCCGACAGCUUGCGCUUUGGGAUCGUGGGCGGUAACUCCAGGGGCAUGUUUGUGAUGCAGCGCUCGGACAGACAGACCGGAGAGCUGAUCCUGGUGCAGCAGCUGCAAGGCCCUCAGGAGGUCAGCAUCGACGUGGAUAUGUCCGAAUACAGCGAUCGUGUCUUCCAGGCCAAACAUGUGGCCAAAGUUCACAUACUGGUGUCACCAUACAACUUUUGA